AAGUCCCAAAAAACCCCCAUUGAAACCACCACCCACACCUCUAUCUCUCCUCCUCCCCCAUCUCUCUAUCUCUCUCUCUCUCUCUCUCUCUCUCUCUAAAGCCCAACUCUCUCUCUCUCCUUUCCACAACCAGCCUAGACUGUAAAAAGUCAAAAUGGUUCAACCCUUCCCCAACUCCACCACCCUCUUCACUUCAAAGCCCUCACCCACAUGCACCUUCUUCUCCCUCCUCAUCGUCUGCAUUCUGGGUUUUUAUACCCUGCAUUCCCCCCAGCCUGCACUCUCCUCAAAUUCCCACUCUGCCUUCCUAUUCCGCCAGAUUUUCCUCUCCCACGCCACCAACGCCACCCUCUCCUCCUACCUUCACGCCCUCACCCUUCACCCCCACCUCGCCGGCACCCCGCCCUCCCUCGACACCGCCAACUUCGUCGGGGACCACUUCCUGGGCCUGAGACUCGACACCCGCUCGGCCCACUACAACGCCCUCCUCUCCUACCCACUCCACUCGGCACUCUCCGCGCAUUUUAGCAACGGCUCCCGCGUGGACAUCCCGUUAACCGAGCCCGGCCUUAACAAUGACCUCGACGGCGUCGUUCCGCCGUACCACGCCUACUCCCCCUCCGGAUCGGCGCACGCUAAGUUGGCCUUCGCCAACCACGGCACGGACGAGGACUAUCGUGCGCUGGGGGAGCUCGGGGUGAGCGUCAGCGGGUGCGUGGUGAUUGUUAGGAGAGGCGAUGACGUGUCCAGAGGCGAAGUAGUCCGCAAGGCCGAGCAAAACGGUGCGCUGGCUGUGCUAUUGUACACCGAGCGGGGCGAUGGUGAUGCAAGUGGGGGGUUUAACAAGGGUUUUGAGAGAGGGUUUGUGAUGAACGGCGUGGGGGACCCACUGAGUCCCGGGUGGGCCGGGGUCGAUGGAGCCGAGAGGCUGGACCUGGAUGACCCUGAGGUUUUGAAGAAGUUUCCGAAAAUUCCAUCCAUGCCGCUGUCCGCAGAGGCCGCCGAGACCCUUCUGGGGUGGCUCGGAGGGGCUCCCGUGCCGCCAGCGUGGCGGGAAUCGCUGCCCGCCUUAGUGGGCGGUGUCGGGCCAGGACCGACAGUGGUGAAUUUCACUUACCAGGGGGAGAAAAGGGUGGUGAAGAUUCACAAUGUUUUUGCUGUCAUAAGAGGUUCAGAAGAGCCCGACCGCUAUGUGCUGCUUGGCAACCAUAGAGAUGCGUGGACGUUUGGGGCCGUUGACCCCAAUAGUGGAACUGCAGCAUUACUUGACAUUGCUCGUAGAUAUUCUCUUUUGUUGCGUUCGGGUUGGAAUCCUAGGAGGACAAUUAUUCUCUGUAGUUGGGACGCAGAAGAGUUUGGAAUGGUAGGAUCUACUGAGUGGGUUGAACAGAACAUUGCUAAUCUGGGUUCCAAAACUGUUGCCUACCUCAAUGUAGAUUGUGCGGUUCAAGGGCCAGGGUUUUUUGUUCGAGCAACUCCUCAGCUCGACAAUCUCAUCCUUGAGGUUACAAAGAUGGUUAAAGAUCCUGACUCUGUCGGUGCCACUGUAUAUGAGAAAUGGAUGGCAGAAAAUAGAAGUAUUGAUAUCCAAAGACUCAGUGCUGUGGAUUCUGAUUUUGCCCCAUUUUUGCAACAUGCAGGGAUUCCUUCCACGGAUAUGUACUAUGGAAUUGAUUUUCCUGUUUAUCACACUGCAUUUGACGCCUAUGAGUGGAUGACAAACUUUGGAGAUCCUUUGUUUCAAAGACAUGUGGCUGUUGCUGGAAUAUGGGGACUUGUAGCCCUCCACCUGGCUGACGAUUCAAUUAUACCUUUCAAUUUCCUCUCUUAUGCGGAUCAGUUAAAGCAUUAUAAAGAUGUUUUGAGCAACUUGUUGGACGGGGGUGUAUCUCUACAUCCCCUCACAACAGCUAUUCAGGAGUUUGCCUAUGCCGCCAAAGAAGCUGAAGAUGAAGCACAGAAGCUGAGGGAGCAAGAAAAUACAAGUGAGCUUGUAAUUUUGAAGAAACGGGCACUGAAUGAUCGGCUGAUGCUUGCAGAAAGAGGCUUCCUGGAUUCAGGUGGACUUCAAGGAAGACAGUGGUUCAAGCAUCUUGUGUAUGGGCCUCCUGGUGAGCAUGGAAGCAAACUAUCCUUCUUUCCCGGAGUAGGCGAUGCAAUGCUUCGAGCAAAGAGAACGAGCAGGAGAGAAGGGCAGGCCAAAAUUCAGCAUGAGAUCUGGAGAGUUGCCAGAGCCAUACAGAGGGCUGCAAAUUCCCUGAGAGGAGACGUUUUCUGAUAUUCAUGUACACAGAGCCGGUGGGGGAUCUGCUCCCGGGUCGUCACUCUGCUGCAUCUGGCCCGCAGUUUAGGCGCCUUUGGGAGGCAGGGAGUGUGAAGAGAAAGAAGAAACCUCGGAAACAUUCUGGUGCUGGCCUGUAUUUAUGAGCAUUGAGUAGAAGAUUAUGUAACUUUUUGGCCCUGUAAUAUAAACUCACAGUUUUUGUAAAUAGUAACUUAGUUAUUCCCUUUAAA